ACCCUAAUUUAUAUUUCUCUAAACACUCUGUUUCGCUGGGUUUUCUUCUCUUUCUAUGAAUAUCUCUCCCUCUGUAGAUUGAGCUAGAUACCCUAAAGCAGCCUAUCUACAGAUAAAAUAAAUGCUGGAAACGAAAUCAAGAAGGGUUCCUUUUUUUAAAUAGAUUCUGGGUACUCCAUCAAGAAUGAGACUUAGAAAGUGAAAACUUUUUAUAAAGUUGAUGCUGAACAAAACCUCAAUCGUAGUAGAUGCAACCAAGUAUAUAGAGGAGCUGAAGCAAAAAGUGGAAAGUCUGAACCAAGAGAUCGGGACCUCAGAAAUUUCAACGGUCCAAAAUUCAUUACCUGUGCAGGUUACUGUUGAAGCCCUAGAAAAGGGUUUCCUUAUUAAUGUUUAUUCAGAAAAGAAUUGCCCCGGUUUACUCGUUUCCAUACUGGAAGCCUUUGAGAAACUUGGCCUUGAAGUUCUUGAUGCUAGGGUUUCUUGUACUGACAGUUUCCAACUAGAAGCUGUUGGAGGAGACAGUUCUGAAGGGCAAGCCGAGGGCAUGGAUGCUCAGGUUGUGAAACAAGCAGUAUUGCAGGCUAUCAGUAAUGUACAGGAGUGAAAGCCAUUCAUGAGCAAAUGUAAUACAUUGAGUUUUGCUUCCUCUUCGACGUCUUCUUCCCUUCUUGAAUCCAAAAAUAUGUUAUUCAAUGAAGGGAAGAUUCAGUGCUUCUAAGAAGUAAUUAAGUUACCAGUUCAAUCUAGAACCAUUAAUGAUAUCUACAUAUAUGUAAGUGUUUAGCCCAGUUUGAGAUUUUCGUUUUUUGAUUUCUACACAAGGAAUAUAUUGCUACAAUGAAA